AUGGCUGCAGAUGGAAUCUCAUCGGCAUCCAUAUGGGCAAUAUUUUACCACUUCUUCUUGAACCAGACUGACUAUGACUUCCUGCGCUUCCAAUGCCAACAACUGCUAAUGUGCUCAACCGACUUGAACACAUGGAAAGCAUCGAAGUAUGGCCUGUACAUUCGAUUUAGCACAGAUCGCACGCUUUCUGAAGUCAGACGUCAUUGGUCUCUGUAUUUGGGAUUCGAAGACCUUCCCAAGACCGAAAAACUCGCCAUCCAUUUGUCCUUUGCCGAAAAAAUGAAAGUAAUGGCCGAACAUAACAAAGGAACACUAAGUCAUAGUUGCUUCAGGGCAGCAGGACCUUUGUGCUUGUUACUCGAAGAGGUGGCUAGUAAAUCCCAUGUCGCGUUUUGGGCGACGGGCACCGUGGAUAAACCGCAAGAUGGCUUGAAUGCGUUCUCAGGGAUCUCCUCGGUCCAGCAUAUGAAUCCAAUGUUUGUAUAUUCUCUUCGUGGAACCAAAUUUAACGUACACUACGGGACUGAUCCCUUGGCCGCUUUCCACCUUUCCCCGGCGGCUGCUGGAGCCAAUGUUCAGAAUUGGCAGCCAAAUUCUUUGCCUCACAAACCAGAUCUGUCGGAAGCAGCUCAAGUUGCCAAGGCUCAAUUUGACCUGUGGUGCCUUUCGUUCAAAGAGAGGGUGUUCGUGAACUCGACAGAGCCGAAGCUUGUCAUUCGAUUUCACGCCGGCGACGCAUUUGCAUUCGCUCAUGCUCUCCAUGCCUACCAGCAAAAUUAUUCCACCCAAUCCGGCAUUUACACCUCACAAUGGGGCGGCUCACAAAUUAUCCUCGAUAGGAGCGACUACAGCGCCGACAAUGCAUAUUCCGCGCCAGUCAGUUUCAAUGUCAUUGACACCUCCAAUUUGACGGACCAUUUUGGGCUGAUUAACAUCCUUACUGCGACUGUGCCAUUGCUGCAACAGAAGCCAUGGGCAGUCCUUCAUACAAAUACUCUCCUGCCACGCGACCCAUCCCUGACACUGAGAUCGCUUGCGUUGGGCGAUCUCCCUACGCUUUCAAUGUUGCUUGGCGUGGUACCGAGCAUUCAUCGAUCACCCUUUACGACGCUUUCAAACAAACACGAGAUCUUCAUUUGUCUCCAUAACUCUGGCCCUCUUUUUGUAGAACAAUGGCAUGACUAUAUAUCAUGGAAGCCCUUGUUAUCGGUUGCUGCCAGUCCUGUUGAAGACCCUACAACACACGUCAAUCAAUCCGUGCUCCCAACUUGGGAUGCGGCAGGUCUGGCAAGGUUCUUCUUUGCUCUCUAUCUCGAGAUGUUCCAGGACGAAAAUUCGAAUCGUCCAACGGGGAACGUAACUUUCUCCGGGUUGACAUCUUGGUCGCCUGGUCGCUACACAAGAGAAAGCCUUGUUGCGCUGUUUGCCCUUGUCAAAGAAAGAGCUGAGGUGGACUGGACCAAAUUUAUGGCUACUUUUGACCAGCUUCUCAUGGAGGAUCGCCAGCUUUUGAUGGGUCGUAAUAACUAUCAAGAUUUCAUUUACCACCUUUAUCUGCGUAACAUCUACACGAUGCAGUCAAUGGACGCGGGCUUUCUUGCUGCAUCUCCGGGUGUUGCUAAUCUUGGUGUCUUUCAAGGAUGGAAAAGUGUUCCGCCUGCUGUAUGUGUCGUUUUGAAGGUGCCUCGCCAUCAUCUCAAAGUUCUGGAAGACAUGGACCCCGAUGUGCUCAUGACCCCAUUUCUACAAUGCGAAACCCACGCUCCUAGUUUUCAUAAUAUUCACUCUUCUAUCCGCCCAAUAUUCGGGGAAAUAGUGAUGUCGUCCGUAGACGGUGAACCGUCCAUCAACAUCAAUGAAGACCUACGAGGAUGGGAGGGAGACUCGGACUUGAUCGUAACAUUUUUCAUGCCGUCAUGGAUCCUGCUCCGCCAUUCACUCGACUCUUUUCACGUGGGGUUGUACAUCAAAUCUACGCCUCAGUCUACUCAUACUCUUGUCCCCAAACUUGGCUUGCAACUUAGCAUCUAUAUGACCAAGGCUUCAAACACCGCCAACGUUUACUUUGUUCGUUGUCGUCCUAAUGAUUGUAUGCCUGAAAUGCAUGAAACGAGACCUCCACACGUUCAACAACCUUCAAUUUCCUCCGUCCGCAAGCCACAAAGACAAACUGUGGUAAACUUCAACCCUGCAGGAACAAAAGUUACGACCAUCUCUAUCAGAGAUAACAUUUCCGACUCUGCGGUCCGUCUGAAUCUUUUCCAUGGCGCUUCUGUGGUCUCGGGUGAGGUUGCGGACAAUGUCGUCCGUGUCGACAUCGAUGACUACACUAUGAAUUUCAUUUAUCCCUUCCGCAUUAUUUUCAAUCGUAUGAUACUUAGAGUCGCGCGGAAGUCAUCAUAUAUUGAGGUCGAAGUGCCGAUUAGACCUGAUUUUGACGACACACGUAUCCUUCAUGCGCAUGACGUAUUUCCUUUGGCGUUUGAUGGAAAUUUACCAGUUGUUCUCCUGAACAUUCAUUACCUCCAUCUCGAAAAGCUUCCUGCACUCCACAUUCCAGUUGGAAGACCAAUGGAUGCAGAUUUUUGGAUGUCUGCUCAUCUAGGAAUGACUUUGUCCAAUAGCGAGAAAAACUUGGAAAAGCUGGUCGAUCAAAAGAAAAAAAUGUUUCUCCUCAACCUCAAACAAUCUAUCAAUGGUAUAUUCCUCACAUAUGCUGCAUCGGAACAUCGCCCAUGUGUUUUUGGCCUGCAAAACCUAGAUGUGGACAAUAUGGAUCCUUACGCACUUAUUUUCAUAAAUGAUAUCCGCCUCGACCUGUCGGCCCAGACUAUUGUGGCAGAUGCAUGCGUAGUUCGCUUGGAUGAAUCCCUUAGACCAAAAUUCGCGAAAGACUUGAUGAAACUUUCUAUUCUCAUGAUCAACACCCUCAAUGACGAGACACUUGCUUGGAUAAAACUACUUCCCGCUUUGGCCGAGCGAUGUCGGACGUGGAAGCAUUCCGAUCAAUGUGAAUAUAUACAGGAAGGAUCUAUGGCUGGCCUCAAAGCUCAGAAGAGCGGCCCACUAUGCAGCUGUGGAAAGGGAAAGAACCUCGGGCCGUUUUUGAAGGUCACAGAUUGGACAUCGUUCCAACCAGAAGCUACACGUAUUGCUAUCAGCCCGCUCUUUACUCACUCCAAAGAAUACGAGGCCAUUGUCCAAUCAUCCCCGCGUCCAAAAUCGACCGCUUGUGCAAGCUGUGGCAAAUCAAGAGCGCCUUCUAUAUUGUUCUUCGUCUUGUCAGAAGAGUCAUUGGAAAGCCCACAAAUUAGACUGCACUACCUCAUGAAAACCAAGAGCGCUCGCGAUUUGGAUGAUUUCAUCAUUCACAGUCUUUGA